AUGUCCAAUCUAUGGGCUAUAAAUGCAACUAAAAAGAAGAAGAAUGAUCAUGUAAUUGCAGGCUCAUCCAAAUGGGUAUCAAGUGAAUUAAAUAAUCAAUUAUCAAUUUCUUCAAAUCUGAUUGAACAACAUUAUAAUGAAAUUGUUAAUCAAAAUGACUAUUUAGAGAAUUUAUUGAGUAAUUUGGAAAAUGGGGUGGUUGAUUUGAGUUUUUUAAAUGAUGAUGAAGAUGACAAGAAGUUUGAAUCACGUAAGAAAAAUAUACCACCACGAAUAUCAGAUGAGAAAAGAGAAAAGGAUGAAGUUGAUCUUUUAAACGUGUCUUUCGUAUUACCAUCACCAAAAUCAUUAGCAGUUGUAAAGAAUUUACCAAAAGGAAGUCCAUUGAGAAAUGAAAACGUACGAGAGAAUGAAAUAGAUGAACCCAGGGUCUCAAGAAAAAGAAGUUCAUUAAUAUUUGAAGAUGAUCUGUUUCAAGCAAUUAGUAAAGCUAUUAGAAAAAGUACAGCUGGUAAAUCCUUAACCAAUUCAUCAAAUAAUAAUAAAUCUGAAUCACAUAAAUCUGAAUCACAUAAACCAAAAUCACCAGCAAUGAAACAAGAAUCACCAGAUAGUAAACUGGCACCUGUUAAAUUACCAGAUGAAUCACCAAAAGUUAUACCUAAACAAGUUUCACCUAUUUCAAAAGCACCACUUUCUUCCGUAUUUACACCAGUUGAGAAUACAAAUAAAAUUAAAGAACAACCACCACCACAAUCAAGUUUAGGAUCAACAAAGACUCCAAGAAGUCGAAGCUCUGCAUUUAUCUCAUUACCAGCAAGAGAACCAAUUAUAGUAAAAUCAGCAACAAAACCAAGAAAAAGUACAAUUAAAUCACAUUCAAGAAUGUUGGAUAAAUUAGACUUUGAGUCGAGUUUUCAUGAAGUACAACCAUCAAAGGCAUUUAAUGAUAUAAAUAAAGAAAACAAGAUAGACAUACUCAAUGCUAAUGUCAAGCCUGCAACCAAAUUUGAAAUGAAUGAUCAAUUUAAAUUAUCACCAGUUAGACUACCUCAAAAAUUCCAACCAAAACCUAUAUUUGAAUCAAGAAUACCCGAAAUAAAUAAUGAUAAAAAUAAAACUAUGAAAUUACAACCUCCUAUCAAUCUUACACAUAAAGAUAGAGUAAUUAAUUCACCUACAAAAUCUCCACAAAAACAAUUUAUACCUUCAUCGACUGAAAUACCCAUUAGAUCACCAAUUAAAACUACAGAAAGUACGACAGUAUGGUCAAAUAUUGAAAAAUAUAGAGCUUUAUCUCCAAUCAAGCUGCCAGUCAAAAAUCAAAUAAGGUCAACUUCAAGAUCAAGAUCACCUACUAGAUUACCACCAGCUAAAUUAAGUGCAACACCAAAAUUAUCAUCCCCUAUAGAGAGAAAAAACUCAAUGCCAAGAAGAACCAAAUCUCCAGAACCAUCAAUAAGUAAAUCAACUGCUUCGACUACUGCUAGUGCAUCACGGAAUAAAUCUAAGAAAUCAGAAGGUAGAAAAAUUGAAAGAAAUAGAUUUUUAACUACGUCAUUAAUACCCAACAAUAAUGAAAGUACAAGUAAUGAUCGAAAAUCAACAAAUGUUAAACCACUUCCUAAAAAAUCAUUAUCACCAGUAAGACCAGUACAAUUACCACCACUACGAAAAAGUGCAAAGAAAAGCAUGAUGGAAAUAAGAAGUGAAGAAGCAGCUUUAAAACCUAAACAGAGAAUUGUGUUAAAUUACAACCAUGUAUUGAAAAGAAAACUGGAAGUCAGAAAGGAAGAAGCAAAAGAUACACCACUAGCUCCGAAACCUCAACCAAUCAAUCAUCCACCUCCACCAUCAGAUCAACCAAGACAGAAAAAACCAAAAACUGGAAAUGCAGUUGCUUUGCCAGAUGCAGCUCGUGGAAUAUUUAAAAGAAAAGACAAUACUAAAAAACCAAUUGAAACUCCAAAAAGAAGAAUAUUUGACACCAAUUUAACAAAAUAUAGUCCAAAUACUCUACCUGAAGUAUUAUCAGAUAAUGAUUUUUCACCAUCCAAGAAAAUUUUACAACCAUGGGCAAGAACACCAGAAUUAGAUAAAACUAUAUUAAAAUUCUCCACCAUGAAUCCAAAUAAUUUCUUUCCAGCACCACCAAAAAUUGAUAUAAAUAAAAUUUUCAAUAAUGAUCGAAUUGAAAAAUCACCUACUACAAUUUCAAGUUCUACAGUAGAAAGACAUGGAUAUGAUAAAAGAAUGGGAUAUCAUUAA